AUUUCUGAUUGGUUGUUUGUUCAUCCUGUAAGCGUUGACAUGCCGCGCUUUUUAUGACACUUGACGCGUUUAGUGGGACCGGCUUAAAGUUACUCGAAUUCGUCGCUUUUGUUUUUGGCUAGCGUAUGUAUGUACAUACAUACAUACAGUUUUUAUUUCAUCCCAUUUUUUCAAUCCUGACAAGUGACGUAUUUUUGUAAAACUUACAUGUAGAAACAAAUGAGCCAUGCAAUGAGAAAUAACAUACUAUAAAGAUGGAGAUUGUAAACUAAAUUGAAAAGAGCAGUAAAUACUUAGGGGAUGAUUCGCUCGAGUAUAAUAAUGAAAAUAAUAUAAUUGUUAAGACUAUAUACAAGAGAAAUACAAAUAAUUCAAGGACAAAGGGGAAAGCUUCAAAAAGGAAUCAAAUUAAGUCAAAUGUGAAAGGUUUUAAACCAUGGGAUCAAGAACGAAUUGAGGAUUCUAUGAAUAUUAAAAUGGCAGAUGUACUCUUAAAACAAUGCAAACCUCUGGUAGUGCAACUAGAACGCUUGCCGGAAGAGCUGACGGAAAGAUUGUUAUUAAAAUACAUCUCUAAGAAUCAACGUCAUAUGGCCUCUGUACACAAAUAUAAUCAAAGUAAUUCACCAUGGAAUUACAGAGAUGUAGUGACAGAAGAUUCUGAAGACUUUUUUGUAUCUGAUGUAGUCGAAGGAGGCAGAGUUUCUUCACUGUCAUCUGGAAUGGAGCCAUCGUCAUCUGAAACUAAUACCAGAUCUAGAAGUAGGGCAGGAAAAUUGCCUUCUAUGGCCAGGAAGGAAAGUAAUAAGAGAUCUAGAAAUAGGGCCGGAAGGUUUGUUCCUAUGGCCAGAAAGCGAAGAAACACAAAAAUACAGACUGUUAACGGAGAACUGCUUAAAGAUCAUUCUUUGGAUCCUGCAGCAAAAACAGAUUUCAAUGGAGAUUUCUCAUCUGUUAAGAAACAUUUUGACAUAAAUGCAGAUGCUAAGAAACAGACAGUAUCAAAAACGAUGCUGAACGAUGGACUAGGGUGUAAAAAGGUCAGUAAAGAUGGAAAUGUGGAGCUUAGAAAGAAUCAAGAUGAUGUUGAGCCAAACAUUUGGAAAUGUACAAGAAAGAGGAAGGUUGACAGUAGUGGUGCCAGUUCAAGUAGCGAUGAAUUUCCUGUAAAGAGACCAAAGCUAUCUCAAAGGAACCGUACGAUUUUAUGGGAGGAUUACGAAUCUGAAUCUAUGGAUGCUGAGGUUUCAAACAUAAUGAAGUCCAGGUUAAGCUCUCCAUUUAAUGAUAACAACUUCAGAAAUAUGCCAGAAAAACUAAUUCCGGCUAAGGAAUUAAGAGUCGUAUUGAUUAGAUUAGAAGAUAUGCUUAAUAUGAGUGUUUCAAGAGAUUCAUCCCCCGAGGAAUGUUUAAUUAUCGAAAAUGAAGCUGUAAGCUCAUUGAUAAAUGAUGAAUGCAAUCUAAUCGGAAGUACUAAUUUUGAACGUACAUCAAAUGAUACAGUUCUUAGAACAAACAAAAAAAUCAAUCAAUUACAAAAUGAAUCAAUUAACAAUGAAAUGCAUUCACCGAUGGGCGAUGUAAUUGUUGAAUCCAACAAAGAGGUUGAUGAAUUGAAAAAUAAAUCUCCUAAAAAUGAGAUUUCAUUUCUGCAGAAUAGUAAAUUUGUUAGCAAAUGUAUAUCGUCAACAAGUGAGCAAACAAAAAUGGUCAGUUCAGUAGUAAUCUUAAUUUCGUUGGAAACAUUCAACAUUCCCUAUACCAAACACUAUUCCGCCGCAGAAGCAGACCGUUUGAUAGAAGAAUACACGAAUUCGGUUUCCUCGUUUAAAAUUAAAAACUUUCCAAUGAGACGUUACUUAAAGUCUAUAAAAAAUGGUACAGUAAAAAAGGAUGUACAGCAUAAUAAGUAUUCUUAUUCAGGAUCUACAGAGCAAAACAAAUCUGUUGAAACGAUUUCUCCAGAUUCAUCAAGACUGCAAUCUAAGAUAAUAAGUCAAGCUGCAGAAAGUAUUAUCGAUAAGAGGCACUCUGGUUCCACCAGUAAAUUAGAAAAUACAUCAAAGUCUCGAAUAAUAAGUAAUAUUGUUGUGAGACCACCAGAUACUAUACUUGUAAAUAAUUUGCCAACGAGAAAGCGUCAGAAUGAGUUGUACAAUAGAUAUUACAUAAAACAGAAACUAGGGCCCCUUUCCAUGACAUUAAAACGAGGUGAGUCUUCUGACAUCAUACCAUUAUCAACGUCAUCAGCUAAUGUUUCUGAUUCUCAAAGUGAGAAUUCCGAAAUAGAAGAUAAAACUACUGGAGAAGGCACGCUAGAAAUAACACCAGUACCAACAAAGAAAGUCAAGUUUGAACAAGCUCAUAAGAAAGUCACGAAGAAGGUGAAAAAGAAGUUUCCGUUGAAGAGAGAGAAUAAAGAAGCUCAAAUUAAUCUUAAAUCUAAGGGAACGAAGAAAAUGUCCCCGAAAAAGAGUACCGAAAAAAAUUCUGCAGAGCAGCAAGGAAAGGAGGACUUACGAUGUGGUGUCUGUUCACAUUUAUUUGAAACUAAAGAAGUACUCUUUGAACAUGUUCUUCGUCAUACUGAGAUCGAACUGCAAGAGGCUUAUGUAAAAGCAGUCUCAAAAUUAGACAAAAAGGGCAGUGCUAAAAGUAAUAAAAGUGAGAGUCCGAGGAAGAAGGCGAGGACCAAAAAACAAGGGGUAUCUCAAAAAGAAUUAGAGGAGAAACCACCAGAGCAGGAGUGUAGUAAAGAUGCCUUGAUUGAAGAUAAGCAGUCCAAUUCUAAUAAAGAAAAACAAAUAUUGUUGCCUUCUGCAAGUAAGUCACCACAUAAAAUUCCAUCUUUAAAUGAAAAUCCUCGCUGCCGCGUUUGUUCUAAAUCAUUUGAGACACAAGAGCUUUUGUUGAACCACGUGAAUGGACAUUCGAAAGAACAAAUAUAUUCAGCUCUUCAAGGUGACGAUACUAAGGAGCCUCAGCCAAAUGAAAUGCGAUGUUGCAUCUGUUCGAAACUUUUCGAAGAGAAAACUGUCCUCUUCAAUCACGUUUUGAAUCACUCAGAGGAAGAACUACGAACAGCAUACAAACAAGCCUUGGUUAACGGAGUUCCAAUAGCCAUUGUUAAUUCUAUACCUCUCAGUGCAUCCAGCGCCAAUGUAGCUUCAGUAUCUACAUGGGUUUUAUCAGACGAACCUGGGACCAGCAAUGCUGAACCCAAAGUUAGCAUAGAAUCAUCAUUGGAGACACUUUUAUCAACGGUCAGCUCUAAUAUUAAUCAAGGCUCGACAGAAAACAGUUCCUUGGCCUUGCCAGCUCUUUUAGUACAAAGUCCUACUCCUUUGGAUAAAAGAGAUAAAAAAGUUUCUGUAUGCCCGUGUCACGCGAACUUGGACAUCACCCAGGAUGGUAACAUUAAGCUGGAAAUAUCACUUCUCUGCCAAGUCUGUGACGUUCUCUUCAGAUCUAGCGGCUGUCUAGAAAUGCAUUAUCGCUCCGAACCCAAAUGCAAGACUAGCGACAGAACUCGCAAUCGAGUGACAAAGCUUUUUUGUACCACCUGUUGCGAGAUCCUGGACUCCAUGGCAGGCAUGAAACGCCACUUAACGAUGCAUGCAAAUCUCAACCGAGGUGUCAAGGUCACGUUCCUUUGCAAUAUUUGUAACGUCGUUUUCUGUGGCAUCGGCGUCCUUUUCUAUACCCACUGGUUCAACCACAUGAGGAACCCCUUAUACGUAGCGAGUAUUUAUUCUUUCCCAAAGAAUUCUUUGGUGAACACGAGCCAACCACAGGUCGUUGGAGAACGGAAAGAUUUCCUCUUCGUAGCUGAGCACGUGUGCAAGUCCUGCAGACGUCCAUUCGCUUCGGAAGCCGACCUGGAGAAACAUACAAACGAGCCCUGUAAGGACCUGUUGGACUCGUCUAACAUUAUACCUGAGAAUGUCAACAUUAGGAUGACUUGUAGCAUCUGUAAGGUGACUUUUGAUGGCUGCUCGGAAUAUGAGAAGCAUUUAAAGAAUCAUUCUGAGCUAUUUAAGGCACCCAUGAGAUAUGCUUUUAUUGUAACAUCGCCUUGGCAGAGAGCGUAUAUCUGUGAAGCUUGUAAGACCAUCCGCAAGUCUUUGACGGAAAUGGAAGAGCACUGGAAAUGUCACGCACCUUAUCGUGACCGAUAUUUCUGUAGCAGCUGCACCGAAGGAUGUGAUUCAUUUAAGGAGCUGAUCGAGCACUGCAAACAGCACGAGGGUAAUAAUUGGAGGUGUACGGUCUUCUACAGAAAGGCUGAAUAUUGCUGCAAUCAUUGCUCAUUGGGAUUUGAGUCUGCUGCAACCUUAAAGGAGCAUGUAUGUCUGCCAAAAAAAUCGGCUCAAGGGGAUAAGACAAAGAAGUCAUCGCUGACAACGUCUCAGAGUAAACAACCACAGAGUACUAAAUGUAAUAAUUUAACACCCGUUUCGCAAGUUCCUUUAGCUUUAGCGUCAACAGAAGAAACUGAAAUCCCUGACGGUACCAUAGAUACCCUGACUCCUGUUGCUAAUGUGGUUUCUUUAGCUUUAGCGUCAACAAAAGAAACUGAAAUUCCUGACGGUACCAUAGAUACCCUGACUCCUGUUGCUAAUGUGGUUUCUUUAGUUCAAGAUAAAGUACAAAAUGGUGAAUCCGCCGUUGCUGCGCCAGAAUCGGUUAAUGAUAACUCAGUUACACCGUCGGAGAGCAAUGCACCAAUUGCUGCACCAAUGGUUGCAUCAGUGUCAGUUGCUCUUGAGACAUCUAACAAAGAAUCUACAUGUUCUAGUACAAAGCAAGAAGAUCCUACCGCCCAAGUUGCAAUGGAAGCUAAGAAUGAUUCUAUGACGAAAUCUCUACCUCCAAGUCGUAGUGCUGGUAAGGAUCUCUUAUCUGAAGCAAUUACAAUUGAAAGAACUACGUAUUCAAUUUGUUUGACUACAAACUCUAAAAUAAAUAAUCCCCCAGAAAAGGUCAGUGAUCGUUUCAUGGGUUGUCAGAAUUAUCAAUUGCGCGAAGUAUCGCCUGUUCCGGCAGCGAUACUGUCUGAUGCCACCAAAACUGCAGUAAUCUCUCCGAGGACGAGAAGUGAUCAAAGCACGCCAAAGUCUAUUGGCGAAACAUCCAUAAAAGUUCCGAAGAAGCCUGAUACUCUUAACAUGAUCACUGUUAGUAAUAAAAAGGAAGACAUUGCGUCACGGGACUCCUUAUCCUUGCCAGCUGAGCUUCGUCAAAAGGAAAACUCGUCUGUCAUUAAGAAAUUGACGAUUUCGGAAAAUGUAACGAGCAAGUCAAAGGAAAUAGAAAGCACUGAUGUGCAUACGGAAUCUAAUGAAAAGUGUAUCUCUCAGCCAGAAACCAAUACUCAAGAAAUUCCCGUUGAAACGGUAAUAGUCAAGCCUACGGCAACGAACGAUUCAAAGGACAUUGACAGUUCAAAAGAAAGCAUAUUGGAAGUCGUGGACGAAUGGAUUACAGUGGAUAGUAUUGAGCACCGUUUAGAUACAACGGUAGCCACCUCGAACGCUUGCAAUGAACUAAUUGUGGCAUGCACGAAAGAUGUUCCUAAAGUUGGACUUCUUCGCGUGAAGAGUAUGUCCGAGCUGCUGGAGAAGCCCGAAUUAUCUUGCAAAACCUGCAAAGUAACUUUUGAAAAUCACGGAGCAUUUCAGGCUCACAGGAAAAUGCACGAUGUACCGGGACCAUCAUCUCAGAAUGCGAAAAACGAAAAAUCAGGAUCAGUGGUACCAGACAAACCGACUCUUAGUGUCUCAACGCUUCAACCCGGGAUUCAAAUUUCAACCACAUGUCCUCAUUUGCCUGCUCCUAUAGCAUUGGCUACACGUCCAGAAAACGUUGCUGCUACCACGACUACGGCUUCUCAUGUAGUCGCUAUGCCGGCUCCACAAAGACAAAAGGGCGCCACAGCAAUGUCUAUUGCGAUAAAGAAACUUAAGACGGUCGUAAUUCCUAGGUGCUCCACGGGAACGGAUUUUGCAAGAGUUUCUAGAAGUAACGUUGUAUUAGGACUAUCGAAAUACCCGCCAGCAACCUCGUCUUCAAUUCGAGCCAUGGCCUCUGUGCGGCCUUUUUUGUCCAGUAAACAGUCGAAUACGAGCUUAACGACGCAGGUCGUCGAUGUGACCCCAUCAGGUUCCACCACUUUAGAGCCAAGUGGUUCUUUCCGUACCAUGCAGGGUCGUCUUUGCUGCUCGUAUUGCUUCUUCCGAGCAAACUCGAUCAAUGAGAUGGAAACCCAUCUCGCAUCUCACAGGCAGAUCCAGCCGCGGCAACAACAGCAACAAGCCCAGUCACAGCCUUUCCAAGUCCAACGAUAUUGCCGCUAUUCGUGCAGGUUCUGCAAGAACUUCAGUAGUAUCUGUGAGAUGGACGUACGCCGACACGAGGUUUUACACAAUCAAAUUUUACCGCAGAUAUCGCAAACUCAGACGCAACACUAUCGCCAAAGUAUGCAAUUGGUGGAAGGGGAUCAACAGCUGCGUUCGUAUCAGGCUCAGUCGAGGUCUAUUGUCACCCAAUCAUCUGUUGUUAACACUUAUGUGCCACCUGUUGCUCCCGUCAAUGUAAUUAUCCAAUCUUUGGAGGACCAGACCUCACAGUCUAACUCAUUCUACCAAUGCACUAUCUGCAAAGAUUCGAGAUUCAUCUCGAGCGAAGAAUUGUACGCUCACAUGGCGAGUUAUCACGCGGUGCCUGUCCGAUAUGUCUGUGACUAUUGCAUCCAAAGGCCUAUAUUUGAUAAGAAGGAGACUCUUCGUUGGCAUGUCUUGGCCUUGCACGCAUAUGGGUGUAGUACCUGUUUCCAGCGCUUCCGUACAAGCGAAGAACUACGGAUACAUAGAUUGAGCCAUGAAGUUACUCUUUGAAGCUUAGUCAGUGAUUACGUACUUGGGAUACCAAAUGCAAGCGUCUGACAGGGAAGUUCAUUUAGACAUUGCAUUGUCUGUAACCGAUACUUCUUCCUGAUCUGUGAAGUGCCAUAGAAUAGGAGUUCGCAGAUUUAAUGGCAGACCUUCUAGCUUAGAUGCGGGUUGUUAAUUUUAAAUGGAAUAUUUUGUACUUCCGUUGUCUUUCUUCGAAAAUGUACAAUAUGCGAUCAAAGUUAUUUACUGGGUGGAAAGCGGUGAAAUUGCCAGGUUCGGCUCAACUGGUACAGUUGUUAAUGUUGCAGGUUGCGGUAUGAGCUCCUAAUGCUUUUUUUCAGUCUUUAGGAAUCAUUUUAAAACCCUGCAACGAAAAUGAAUUUAACCGAGUCUGUAUUAGGCUAACCGAGAUGAAUCAAUUAGGGUGAAUUGUAUCUGUUUUCUGGCUGAAGAUGGAAAAAUGUAGCGAAGGGAGAAAUUCAAUAGGUGAACGUCCAACUUUGAAAAUGCACACAGUAUCCGUAGGAAACGCGAGCUCUACAGUGUUAACUUGUGUAUAAAUUAUUCAAUUUUUCUCGGGUUCCUCGUCUUCUACCAUCAGCAACAACGAGAUUAGCUCAUUCCAGUUAUGUGAUACGAUCUGUAUAGUAACAAAGUAUAUAGCUAAAUAGUUUCCUCUACGCUUUUACGUUUCAUUAACCUGAAAACAUAAAUAUCUAAACAUAGCACAAAUACCUAUCGGACGCCAAAUGAAACAUUUUUGGAAUAAAAUGUACCAUUUCCUGAAAUAGUAUUUUAAUUUUUUUUUAUUACUUGAAGUUAGUAAGAUACUCUGCAUACAAUCUAAUUUAUUUUUUGAAUCUCCAAUAACGUAUAAUACAGUUCCUCGAUUUAAUAUUGAUUGUUCUUUAUAGCUUACCCCUUCUAUAGACUUGUUUAAUUUUAAAUUUCUCUUAUUAAAUUUCAUCAUGUACUGUUUAACUUUAAACUUCCGUUAUUAAAUGGUUUUAUAUUUAAUUGCUCAAAUUGGAGAUAAAAACGUAAUAAUGAUCUUUCGAAAUUUGGUGUAGUCUGCUGCGUAUUAGAAAGUAUCUUAAUUCUAUGCAAAGUUAAGAUUCUUGGCUUUAAUAUGCUAAGAAGGAUUGCCAUUGUAUGUGAGGAGCUAAAUUAUAAAUUCUGGCACUAGUUACGUUUCUUCUAUGACUUAACAGAAAGGAAACAGCCUUAAUUCAGACCGUCGUUGUACAUGUACCGCACAAGAAAAAAGUACAUGAAUUGAUUUUAGAAAAAACUUGAAAAUCUAGCAUCGUUUUCAAUAAAUAUAUUAACGCAAUAUUUUGUAUUCACGUUCAACCAUUGUAAUCAAACGGAAACAAGAAUACACGGAUUCCUUUCAGGAUUUCCUAGCAUGUUUUGUCGUCGAUUGAUUCCAAAUUAUUUUUAAUAUCAAGGAUGCAAAUUGCCAAUUUAACGGUUGUACUAUGCAAUAUUGUAAUCCUUUGCACGCCGGGUAUAUUUUAAUAUUUAAAUACCUAGUUCCACCAAUUCAGUAAUUACCGCCGAUAUGAAUAUUUGUGAGGGCGCAAUUAUCAUUGAGGGUGCUUACUUUUAAUUAUUAUUACCGUAUUGGCAGUAGAAUGAUUUAUAAUAUCGUAUUACAUAUUUAUAUAUCGUUUCUACCAUAUGUAUUCUGUUUGAAAUUAUAAAUAAGAGCUAGGCUGAAAGUAAGAAAUUAAUUCCUAUUGUGAUUUUUACCAAAUUUCCGGCUGCAUUGCGCGCCUUGUUAUCCCAUCAACUGAUCAAUAAUUGAUUCAUAUUUUGUAUUUAUUCUAGAAACGUGACCGUAAUUUUCCUUGUAUUGAUAUUCUUCCUGAUUCAAGAACGAAAUGUUGAUUAAAAAUUCGGGCAUCUGUGAAUUGUUAACUCGAUGACAGCACAAUUGUCUGAAUAUUAGUACACGAAUUAAUUUGAAUAUCAAUUGUUAUUCAUUAAAUGAAGCGUCCUUUACUUUGUUAUAUGUAUUACAGUGUAUGUAACUCGCCUAUAAUUAUGUUUUUUUUUUUUUAAGCAUGCUUUACAUUGUAAGUAAAUAUUUCUCUUUGUUCUGAGAUUCAUUCCAGAUUGUAAGUUUCGGCGUUCUCUUGUAUAUUUUACUAAAAAUCUGCGUAGACACUUCGUAGGAUUCGAUUAAGGAAGACUGAUUAAGAGAAUGGCGAUGAUCUAUCGACCAAAAUUUAUUGGUACGGUUUCAUUCCCGACCGCACUUUCUCGAAUCGAUACAGAUUUUAUCAACCUUGAAAAGAUGACACGGGCAUCAUUUUUCAUCGCUGUAGUCUGUAAGUGUUAGGACUAACUUACAAGUCUAUUACGCUGUAACGCUCUUACAUUAGUAGAAACCAGAGGAUUCCGAUGGACUGCCGAUUACACCCGAUUUCGCGUUAAUUCAUUAUAAGUGUAUCCUUAGUCUUAUCCUUAAUUUUACUCUUUGGCACACAAUUCACAUUGCGACUGUUUCAAUUAAUAAAAAUCCUCGCAAGAAGGGAGUCCCCCUUAAAAAAUGACUGAUUAUUGCACGAGUUUAGUCUCUGACACACUGAGAAAAAUUAUCCAGUUCUUCGUCAUGCAUUAAAAGCAAAACUUUUUAACGUAAAAUAACGUUUGCUUCACUGUGUCAAUUAAAAAUCAUACGCGCGUUAAGUAUUUCCGGUUGUUCAAAUUACCGCGAUUGAACAGUUCGUUGAUACCAUUCUUAUUUUAUAUUAGAUUCGUUCUUAAGAUAUUUUUCUCAGUGUGUAUUGUAUCUAAGUACAUAUAAUACGGUACUUCAAUUCGAAUACGAUCGCUAAAGUGGGUGAUUUUUGGAUAACUACACAAGUAGAUAUGCAAUUAAGUAUAUUUGUUACGAUGUUAUUGCAUUUAUAUUUCCCAUUUUAUAUUCGCACGUUAUCUCUUCCAUUGUUCAGCACACCUAUAAACCGAUAUACGUAUUAUUCAAUUGUUUAAAUAAUUUAACCCGUGCCCUAAAGUUUGGGAAAUAAAAGAGAUGCCACGAUUGCAGUUACAAACUUAUUAAAGUUGUGAAAUUUCAACAAUUUUGUUAUACAGCUCGUACGUAUGUAUAUUAUAUCACGCGUGUUCUAUCGAUCUCUUUACUUGCGUUACAACUCCGCUUAGCAUAAUUACAAUAGAUUAAAAAAUAUCGCAAAAAAUCUUGUUUCAUCGUUCAGCGACCGUCUGUAACUCCCAAAACUUUCGCAUUUUAAGUAUUACCUUAAAGUCUAUUUCAGAUGUAGUCAUAAAAAUUGUACGAACGUCGCAAUAUAUUCCGUGUAUUCCAGUA